AUGGUGGAUUUUCUGAGAUUUCUAUCAACAUUACGAAUUUAUCCAACGUUGGCAAAUUAUUCAUUUGAAAAUCUUUCUCGUCUUAUUGGAUGUUCAACCAUAACAUUUUGGAAAUUAUUUAAUAUUAUACCGAAAUAUUUAACAUUUUUACAUAUGUUUUUUGAUUCGAUUAAUGAUCUUAAUUAUUUUAUUUAUUUUAAUUCAAAUCAAUUAAAAUCUCUGGGUGUUGGUAUUCAAUGUCAAUUAAAUGAUAUCGAUAUAUUUUGUUCAUUAUACAAUAAAUAUCAAUGGAAACGAUUAAUUCAAUUUAAUUUAAAUUUACAAGAUUAA